CCGACUCGCCUGCUGGGAAGUUCGCGUCCCAUCUACCCUGUUUGGCCGCUGCCGACAGCUUCCACCCCAGUGACAGUGCUCAUUCUAGUUAUUCAUCAUACUAACCGGUGGAUUGUCGCACCUCGCUGGCUGUAGUCAGGAAGAGGCAGCUUAAGGAAGAACUGUGAGAAGCGUAGUGACUGUAGAGCAACAGAUAAGAAAUCACCGAGAAAGACAGCAGGGCAAGGCGGCAGGGUUGCUUAAUACAUGUGCCGAGACAUUAGGGAGAGAGCGACGUUGCAGACAGGUGCUUUUUUUGACGCGCCGACGUCGUGCCUCAGGUAACGCUGACACCUCUGCCGCCUACACGCGUUCGAUCCGCUGCCCCUCGUGUUCCCUUUUGUCACACUCCUGUUUCCUCUCAGGCGUGCACGCCGUCUCCCUGUGAAGUCAUGUCAAGCACCGAGGAGGUUCCUGCGUUUUUCAAAAACCUAGGCUCAGGCAGCCCUAAACCGCGACAGAAAUUUUGUGGCAUGUUUUGCCCCGUGGAAGGCUCCACGGACAACAAGACACUCGAUCUGGACUCGCUAGCCGGAUCGAGGGGCAGCAGAGUCAUCGCCCAGCAAAGGGACAUCUGCCAGUCUGGCAGGCGGCUGGAGAUCCGUAGAGGCACGGGCAAGGAGGUCCUGCAAAAUCUCGGCGAGCAGAGUGACCGGCUUUUGAUCAAAGGGGGCAAAAUUGUAAAUGAUGACCAGUCGUUUUAUGCUGACAUUUACAUGGAGGAUGGCCUGAUCAAACAAAUUGGUGAGAACUUGAUUGUCCCUGGUGGAGUGAAGACCAUCGAUGCUCAUGGCCGCAUGGUGAUACCUGGUGGGAUUGAUGUUCACACUCGUUUUCAGAUGCCUGACAGGGGCAUGACUGCGGCUGAUGAUUUCUUCCAGGGGACUCGAGCGGCACUUGCGGGUGGAUCUACAAUGUUCAUUGACCAUGUCGUUCCUGAGCCUGGUGUUAGUCUCAUUUCUGCCUUUGACCAAUGGCGUGAAUGGGCUGACAGCAAGUCUUGCUGUGAUUAUUCUCUUCAUGUGGACAUUACUGAGUGGCAUAAAGGUGUCCAGGAGGAGAUGGAAACACUGGUUAAAGAUCAUGGUGUAAACUCCUUCCUUGUUUACAUGGCGUACAAGGAUGUUUUUCAGCUUACAGACUCUCAGAUCUAUGAAGUGAUGAGUGUGAUACGAGAUCUGGGAGCAAUUGCACAAGUCCAUGCUGAGAAUGGGGAUGUCAUUGCAGAGGAGCAACGUCGCAUUUUAGAGCUUGGAAUUACUGGUCCAGAAGGUCAUGUACUGAGCCGGCCAGAGGAGGUGGAGGCAGAGGCAGUAAAUCGAUCUAUAACCAUUGCCAACCAGACUAACUGCCCCGUCUACAUCAGCAAGGUGAUGAGCAAGAGUGCAGCAGAUGUCAUUGCGCUAGCUAGGAAGAAGGGUUCUGUUGUAUAUGGAGAGCCCAUUACUGCUAGUCUUGGAACUGAUGGAUCACACUACUGGAGCAAAAACUGGGCAAAAGCAGCUGCUUAUGUCACCUCUCCACCAUUAAGCCCUGAUCCAACCACCCCUGAUUAUCUUAAUUCUCUGCUAGCCUGUGGUGAUCUGCAAGUUACUGGCAGUGCCCACUGCACUUUUAACACAGCACAGAGAGCUGUAGGCAAAGACAAUUUUACACUUAUUCCAGAGGGCACUAAUGGGACAGAGGAAAGACUAUCAAUUAUUUGGGAUAAGGCUGUGGUUACAGGUAAAAUGGAUGAGAAUCAGUUUGUAGCUAUUACCAGCACCAAUGCUGCAAAAAUCUUCAACCUUUACCCUCGCAAGGGGCGCAUUGCUGUUGGCUCGGAUGCUGAUCUAGUCAUCUGGGACCCAGAUACUGUAAAAACCAUCUCGGCCAAGAGCCACAAUCUGGCUGUGGAAUAUAAUAUCUUUGAAGGGACAGAGGUACGUGGUGCUCCUCUUGUUGUAAUCAGCCAAGGAAAAAUUGUUCUGGAGGAAGGCACUCUACACACAACAGAGGGAAGUGGACGCUACAUUCCUCGCAAACCUUUCCCUGAUUAUGUUUACAAGAGGAUAAAGGCUCGUAGCAGGCUGGCUGAGCUACGUGGGGUUCCCCGUGGGUUGUAUGAUGGCCCAGUCUGCGAUGUAUCUGUGACCCCAAAAACUGUGACACCAGCUUCCUCUGCCAAGACCUCCCCAGCUAAGCAGCAGGCUCAACCUGUGCGCAAUCUACACCAAUCUGGAUUCAGCCUUUCAGGGGCCCAGAUUGAUGACAAUGUUCCUCGCCGUACCACCCAGCGUAUUGUUGCCCCUCCUGGUGGUCGUGCCAACAUCACAAGCCUGGGAUAAGCAUUCAUCUCCUGGCCCAUGGGGGCAUCAGAGAGGCAUGAUGGUCAUUGUGAACUGACCGGCUCAGUAGGCCCCCUAAAUUUUCCCUUGAAACCUCCCACCAAUGAUAGCCCAUUUUUCAGUCUUGCACUGAAAAACCAACUAACCUAAAAAAAAAAUUGCCUCAUAAACAUGAAACUACAUGUUAAGCACUCAAGACUGUAUUAUUUAGUGUUCAUAUUGUUUCCUAUUUUCCAUAGACCAUUUUUUUGUUUGUAUUUUUUUUCUCCCAUUUUUUUUUUUAAAGGAAGAAUUAAGUGAAGUUUCAGUUUUAGAGUAAUAGGUUUAAAUGCCAAUUAAGUGAAAAUUUACAUAGUAUUUUUAAUGUGUUGUGUAUGUAUGUGUAUAUAUACACAACCGUCCACUAAUUUGUUUUUGAAAACGGUCAUCUAACAUCUAAAUAUGCGAUUGCUAUGGAAUUUAAAUAAAAAUCUAAUCUGGUCAAAACCGGUUCAGUAAAACCUUGGCAAAUUGUAUCAUGGUUAAAAUCAAGAUAACAUGUACCCUGAAGUCAAGGGCAGAUGGCUACAGAAACAUUUUUAAAAAGUUUUUUGCAAUUAAAUAUUUUUUUUUUUUGUUGGUUGAUUCCUUGAGAAUCAAAAUUACAGUUAAUGGCAUACACAAUUUGAGGUUGCCUCUAGCUACUCCAGUGUUAAAGGAAAAAAAAAUAACCUUGUGCCUUCAGAGGACUUGAUUUUGAUUUCUGACUUGGUAGACAGAAGAUAAAGGCACUUCAGUUUGGUAUUUGUGUGUAUGUCUGUUUAAAACAUGUCCAGCACUGAGUGGAAUAAACACCACAAGGAUUUCUGUUGAACAAGACUUUUUCUAAGCCAAAUGUCUCAGGCCAUACUCAGCAUGGGGGGUAAGAACAACAAUGCAGCAUUUAAUAAAUUUAUCUGGAGGAAGGUUUUGAGGUCAUGGCUUUUUGUGACCUUUUUCAAAAUGAACAUGUGCUUAGGCAAUGCAAAAUGUUUUCUCAAAAGAGCCGUGAAGUCUCUUCCUUAUUUAAUUACUUUUACAACAAAUGCUGUAAUCAGCACCUUUCUUUGUUAAUACUUUGCCAUUAUGAUUUUGGAUGUCAUUUUAUCACAACUGGGGACCUUUCAGAUCCUUCCUCCCAUCAACUGAAAUGCAUAUUGCAUUGUAUGAAACAGUGCAGAAACAAAGAUUUCUGUUCCAUUCACUGUAGGACUGCCAUCAAGUUAUGGCUACACCAUUCAUUUUUGAAAUGCCGCAAAAUCUUACCUUGGUCACAUUCUGUGCCCUCUCUUAUCUGAUGGGUACCUGGCUCAUACAAAGGUCUUAUGCAAACAACAUCAGCUAAUUUAUAAUGAGAUAUAGCAAAAUUAUUUAUGUUCUCUGCUUCUUAUUGUGUUCAGCAGAUCCUUGGAAUCAUAAAGAAGACCUGUCUUUCAGUCAUGCCAAUUAAAUAUUCUACAUUUAGAAGCAAAUUAUACAAACAAUUGUCUGAAAGCAAGAUUGGUGUCCACUUCUGUAAGGCACAUGAUGUUUAUGCUACAUGCUGUUAUUUUGUUAUUUUUUUGUAAACAUUUUGUUUAACUUUUCUGUAUAAAGUUUAUUUUUAUGAAUGUAAUAUUUAUACUCUUACUUAAUCGUUAAAAUUGGAGGCUCUUUUGUGCUCAUUCAAGUGUUUAUGCUAGUAUUAAUUUAACUCAUAGAUCUGCUUCCCAUUAACAAGUUAAAGGCAGCAAAGUGUUGGCUCGUUCUGACCUGGUCUUAUAGCCACGCAGUCAUAAAUUCAAUGUUCUUUGCUUUCCAACCUUGCAGCCGAAACAGUUGGUGAUUUAUUAUAGAUUUAAAAAAAAUAUUAUUUAUGACCUGGUAUUUUGUUUACUUGGCGAGAAUAAUAUAGUGUAAAUAUUGCAGCGUUGUUUUCAUUUUUUGCAGUCAUAUCAGGCAGUAUAGCCUCAAAAGGAAAAUUGCUUAAUAGUGCAGGCAUUUAUUAAAAAAAAAGGAAAUUGUUAAAAAAAACAGCCAUGAGGAGACCACUCUAAAUGCUUUAGGUGAAAUGCAUGUUUAUUGAAGAGUUAAAAGCAACUACUCUAUCUGAGUAAGUGAAUCUACUGUUCUUCAGUUUCGACACUAAACUUGAUCCUUUCCAAUCCCAGCACUAUAUGGCAGUUUCUUUUGUUUAAGUACUUUCAGACUUACUUCCGAGGUCUGUAAUUUAAUUGUUGCAGAGAGGAGAUAUAGCAAAGAAAGAGAAGCGCGUCUCUGAAGGGAUAGCCCUCUGAGGGUCCUCAGGGUAAAGUACCAGUCUGGCUAGUCUUACAGGUACAUCACUUCCAUUCUAGAGGUUUUGCUGUUGCUAAUAUUAAAUAUCUUUCAAUUUAUGUAGAAGGUUUGUGCGUUAGGGUCAAUUUGAUGUGUGUAACUUAAGAAUGUAAGAAUUAAUUCACUUUAGUCUUCCUUUCAUUCUUUUAAACCAUGUUUUUAUUUAAUCCAAUUAAAGAUGAAACUUAAUUUUA